AUGAUCCCUCCCUCUAAAAGCACUCUGUGUGGGGAACAUGAGAGCCAGACCAAAGCUCAGAGGAACCAACAAGGAACUAAACGCAAACAUGAACCUGAACCCAGCUGUGUGUCCCUAAGGAGUGACCAGUCCAAGGGUCACAUCAUUAACUUUAAAGUCCAGCCUGUGUCUGCUGCAGAGAGGAUCAAUGAGAGACCUGCUGGACCUGAACCUGAACCCAGCUGUGUGUCCUUAAAGAGUGACCAGUCCAAUGGUCACAUUGUUCAUUUUAAAGUCCAGCCUCUGUCGGCUGUAGAGAGACAGUGCAUCUGCUCAUACUGGGACCCGUCUUCUUCAUCAGGAGACUCCUCCUGUCCCCAGUGUGGAGAAAGAUCCAGAAGCAGAGCUGGACUGCAGACAGCCAGUCAGAGCAGCUGUGUACAAACAGAUGUUGGUCUACAGGAGGUUUUAGAUGAACAUAAGAUCAGUCUGAGGAGGAGAUGUGAACGUGUGACUGAAGGAAGUGAUGAAACAGGAAGUAGAACCCUCCUCAACAGGAUCUACACUGAGCUCUACAUCACAGAGGGACAGAGUGAAGAGGUUCAUACCCAACAUGAGGUGAGGCAGCUGGAGACAGCUUCCAAGAUGGACGCCCUCCAUGACACUCCAAUCAGGUGCCAGGACAUCUUUAAAGCCUUACCUGACCAACAGAGACCCAUCAGAGUGGUUCUGACCAACGGCGUGGCUGGUGUUGGAAAAACCUUCUCAGUGCAGAAGUUCACUCUGGACUGGGCAGAGGGCUUGGAGAACCAACAUGUCAGUGUGGUGGUUCUGCUUUCAUUCAGGGAGCUGAACCUGAUCAGAGAUGAGCAGUACAGUCUUCUGGAGCUGCUCCAUGUUUUCCAUCCAACAUUACAGAAGGUCACAGCAGAGAAGCUGGCUGUCUCUCAGCUUUUGUUCAUCUUUGACGGCCUGGAUGAAAGCAGACUUUCAUUGGAUUUCACCAACAGGAAGCUGCUGUCUGAUGUCACACAGAAGUCAUCAGUCAGCCAGCUGCUGACAAACCUCAUCCAGGGGAAUCUGCUUCCCUCGGCUCUCGUCUGGAUAACUUCCCGACCUGCAGCAGCCAAUCAGAUCCCUCCUACAUGUGUUGACAGGCUAACAGAAGUACGAGGCUUCACUGACGCCCAGAAGGAGGAGUACUUCAGGUGGAGAUUCAGUGAUGAAGAGCUGUCCAGCAGAAUCAUCUCACACAUGAAGACAUCCAGGAGCCUCCACAUCAUGUGUAGUAUCCCAGUCUUCUGCUGGAUCACUGCUACAGUUCUGGAGCACAUGUUGACUACAGAGCAGAGAGGAGAGCUGCCCAAGACCCUGACUGACAUGUACUCACACUUCCUGCUGGUUCAGACAAAGAGGAAGAAGAACAAGUACCAUGAGGGACAUGAGACGAGUCCACAGGAGCUGACGGAGGCUGACAGGGAAGUACUUCUGAAGCUGGGGAGGCUGGCGUUUGAACAUCUGGAGAAAGGAAACAUCAUGUUCUACCAAGAAGACCUGGAGCAGUGUGGUCUGGAUGUGACAGAGGCCUCGGUGUACUCAGGAGUUUGUACAGAGAUCUUCAAAAGAGAGUGUGUGAUCUUCCAGAAACCAGUCUACUGCUUUGUUCAUCUGAGCAUUCAGGAGUUUCUGGCUGCGGUCUACAUGUUCCACUGUCACACCAACAGGAAGACAGAGAUGCUGAGGAAUUUCCUGGGAGAUUUUUAUGAUUCUCUUUAUCCUGGAAGGAAUCCCGAUAAUAAACCAUCUCUGGAUGAUUUCCAUAACAGAGUCAUGUAUAAAUCCCUCCAGAGUAAAAACGGCCACCUGGACCUGUUUGUUCGCUUCCUUCAUGGCCUCUGUCUGGAGUCCAACCAGAGACUCUUAGGAGGUCUGCUGGGUCAGACAGAGAACAGUGCAGAGACCAUCCAGAGAAUCAUCAACAACCUGAAGAUGACUGUGAACAGCGAUGACAUCUCUCCUGACAGAAGCAUCAACAUCUUCCACUGUCUGAUGGAGAUGAACGACCUCUCAGUACAUCAGGAGAUCCAAGAGUUCCUGAAGUCAGAGAACAGAUCAAAGAAGAAACUCUCUGAGAUCCACUGCUCAGCUCUGGCCUUCAUGCUGCAGAUGUCAGAGGAGGUUCUGGAUGAGUUGGACCUGCAGGAGUACAACACAUCAGAGGGGGGACGGCAGAGACUGAUUCCAGCUGUGAGGAACUGCAGAAAGGCUCGACUGACUCAGUGUGGACUCUCAGAGAGUCACUGUGAAGUUGUGGCCUCAGCUCUGAAGUCCAACCCCUCCCAUCUGACAGAGCUGGACAUGAGUGAGAACAACCUGCAGGAUUCAGUAGUGAAGCUUCUUUGUGCUGGACUGGAGAGUCCAAACUGUCGACUGGAGACUCUGAGAUUGUUUGGCUGUGGUUUGUCAGAGAUCAGCUGUGAUUUUCUGGCAGCAGCGCUGAAGUCCAACCCCUCGUAUCCUAGAGUUCUGGAUCUGAGUGGAAACUACAACAACCUGCAGGACUCAGGACUGAAGCAGCUGUGUGUUCUUCUGGAGAAUCCACGAUGUCGAUUUGAAACUCUGAGACUGAGUCACUGUGACCUGUCAGAGAGAAGCUGUGAAGCUCUGUCCUCAGCUCUCAGCUCUCAGUCCUCUAAUCUGAGAGAGCUGGACCUGAGUAACAAUAACCUGCAGGAUUCAGGAUUGAAGCUUCUGUCUGAAGGACUGAAGAGUCUACACUGUACACUGGAAACUCUCAGCCUGUCAGGCUGUCUGAUCACAGACGAAGGCUGU